AAAAAAUGUUUAUUAAAAUUUUGUAAGAAAGAAGAAGAAGAGAGACCAAGAAAUUGAAGUGCAUGUGAGGGGAAGGGAAGAGCAGGAAGACUCUAGUCUGGGAGAGUGACUUUUUUUCAGCAGCUAUUUCUUUGUCUUCUUCCUCUUUAAAGAACCCAACCCUUCACUGUCUCUCUCUCUCUCUCUCUGUUUCUCUAAAAUCCCCAAUUCAGUGAUAAAAUUAGGGUUUUUGAAGUUUUGAAGAAGGAGAAAGAAAGAGAAAAGAUGAGUGCUUCGAGGUUUAUCAAGUGUGUUACCGUCGGUGACGGCGCUGUUGGAAAGACUUGUCUUCUCAUCUCCUACACUAGCAACACUUUCCCCACGGAUUAUGUGCCAACUGUGUUCGAUAAUUUCAGUGCCAAUGUGAUUGUGGAUGGGAACACUAUCAACUUGGGAUUGUGGGAUACUGCAGGGCAAGAGGACUACAAUAGACUAAGACCUUUGAGCUACCGCGGUGCUGAUGUCUUCUUACUUGCUUUCUCACUUGUCAGCAAAGCUAGCUAUGAAAAUGUUUCUAAAAAGUGGGUUCCUGAACUGAGACAUUAUGCUCCUGGUGUUCCCAUCAUCCUCGUUGGAACAAAGCUUGAUCUUCGAGAUGAUAAGCAAUUCUUUGCCGAGCACCCUGGAGCUGUGCCUAUCUCUACUGCUCAGAAUGUAAAAGCGGUGUUUGAUGCGGCUAUCAAGGUCGUUCUCCAGCCACCAAAAAACAAGAAGAAGAAGAAGAGAAAAUCUCAGAAAGGUUGUUCAAUACUGUGAUUUCAACAAGAAGAAAGGAAUCAAGAGGAGAAAUAGAGCUACAAGUAUUUUGUUUUCUCCUUUUUUUCAUAACUUGUGUUUACCCAACGAAUCAGUAAUCUGUUGUUUGUAGUCUGAAAAUUUGACAAAGUUGAAGUACUAGUAACAAGUAUUUGUAUUCUUGUUUGCAUUUUGAUCUGUAAAUAUAGCACGAAUGCUUGAUUUA